CAGCAGCUAAAAAAUCCCGAGUCUCAAAAUCUGCCCCCUCGUUCUCCCCCCAGGCGGGGCAGGGGCUUGGGUGGCUGAAACUGGGGGGAAUGCCUGAUGCCAAACAUUGGGAACAGCGGUUGCACAAGGGUUUGAGCCCGGCUGGGCCCGGGGGGAGCGCCGCCUCCCUGGCCCCCCUUUUUGUGUGUGCAGCAACCUUCGCUCCUGCUGCUGUGAGAUGAAUUUUUAAUUAUUCCCAAGGAAAAAAAAAGAAAAAGACCGGCUCGGAGGAGCCCCGGCCCGGGCAGGGGGCGAGCGGGUCCCUCCCGGCUGCUCAGCGAGAAUCAGCCAACAGAGGUCUUUGUUAACUAACCCAUCGCAACACAGUCUUUCCAGGAAUGAGAAUGAGUCAUCUUGCAUAAGAUUAGAAACUGAGAAUAUUGGGGAGUAGCCAGUAUGUGACACCUCGAAGGCUACCCCAUAUCUUCCACCAGUCAGUCAUGGACACGGUGCCCCCACAAGAAGCCUCCCUGACAGUGAAUGAGCAGGUGAUUGUGAUGUCAAGUCAUGAGACAAUUCGGGUGCUGGAGGUGGGGGUGGAUGCUCCACUCCCAGUGGAGAAGGAAGGGAAAGCUCUGGAAACAGCAGCACCUGAAAGAGAGGCUCCGGUAAGCUGCCCUCCAGAGUCCAGCAAAACAAGGGAAGAAGUAGAGCAAAACUCAGAGAAGGCAUGUGGAGAGUCAGGUGGUGAGGUAAAGACAUUGCCUGAAAUUCCUUCGGCACCUAUCCCUGGAGUUGUCCCUUUCAGCCAAGUAACAAGCCAGCAAACACAGACUCUAACACCUGUCACAGUGCAAGCAGCGCCACAGGUCUUGACUCAGGAAAACUUAGCAACAGUUGUGACAGGCGUAAUGGUUCCAGCAGGGGCAGUUACUCAACCUCUUCUUAUCCCCAUCAGUAUUGCAGGUCAAGUGGCAAGUCAGCAGGGGCUGGCUGUGUGGACAUUUCCUGCAGCAACGGUCGCUGCCCUCCCAGGACUGACGGCUGCCUCUCCUACUGGGGGAAUUUUCAAAUCACCUAUAGCCAAUUUGCAAGCUGCUGCAGUGCUGAACACAGCAAUACAAGCCCCUCUGCAGCCAGCCCAGCCUAUCCAGGCACAGCAAACCGUCCAGCCGCGGCCACCGGUCCAAACACAGACAGUAUUCCAGCCGCAGCCGCAGCCACAGCCAGCCAUUUUGCCGCAGCCUGCCGCAGCAUCCACACCACCUGUUGCCAAGCCGUUGGAAACUCAAACACAGAUUACGGUCCAACCAGCAGGGUUUGCCUUUAACCCUGGAAUAAUCAGUGCGGCUUCCCUUGGAGCACAAACCCAGCUGCUCAGCUCUCUGGCGGCCACACCAGUGAUUGCAAAUACCAUUCCCAGUGUGCAAGGGAUUACUGGACAAAUCCUGACCAAUGCUCAGGGACAAGUUAUCGGGACUCUCCCCUGGGUGGUAAACCCAACCGGAAUUGCCACGGCCAGUGCCACCCCUGCCACACUGCCGACACAGAAUCUACAGGUGCAGGCGGUGACCCCGCAGCUGCUUUUGAACGCCCAAGGCCAGGUCAUUGCCACCUUGGCCAGCAGCACCAUCCAGACAGCAGCGGCUGUCCGGAAACCCAGCACUCCAGAAUCCCCAGCAAAGAGUGAGGUCCAGCCGAUUCAGCCGGCUCCAACUUUAUCGCAGCCAACUGUAGUGAUUGCAAGCCCUCCCCCUGCAGCCAAACUAGCUUCUGCUCCAGUCCCCAUCACCUGCUCGGAGACCCCAACCAUCAGCCAGCUGGUUUCCAAGCCUCAGCCUCCAAACAGUGGAAAUGAUGAAGAUGGAAUAAAUCUGGAGGAGAUUAGAGAGUUUGCCAAGAACUUCAAGAUCCGACGCCUGUCUCUGGGUCUGACACAGACACAGGUGGGGCAGGCGCUGACUGCAACAGAAGGGCCUGCAUACAGCCAGUCUGCUAUAUGCAGGUUCGAAAAACUGGACAUCACUCCCAAGAGUGCACAGAAGCUGAAGCCCGUGCUGGAGAAGUGGCUGAGUGAGGCUGAGCUGCGGAACCAGGAAGGCCAGCAGAACCUGAUGGAGUUUGUGGGUGGCGAGCCCUCCAAGAAGCGGAAACGCCGCACGUCUUUCACGCCGCAGGCCAUCGAGGCCCUGAAUGCCUACUUUGAGAAGAAUGCCCUGCCCACGGGCCAGGAGAUCACAGAGAUUGCCAAGGAGCUCAAUUAUGACCGUGAGGUAGUCCGGGUCUGGUUCUGCAACCGGCGACAGACACUCAAAAACACCAGCAAACUCAAUGUUUUUCAGAUCCCUUGAAGGCCAGGGCAAGUCUCAAGAGCCUUGCGUCCCCUGCAUUGCUGCUGUGAGCACUUUGUGGCUAAUUUUCCCCUGCACCUGUCAACCCUUUUACAGUGAUGACUGGUGUGGAAGGAGUGAGAUAGGAUUUCCUCUUGUUUUGAUGUGUCCCAGCCUUUUUUCCUCACAUGACCUGAUCGUGUAUGUGUCGGCUGUGUCCUUCCUCCCCGAGUGUUGUUCUGGAGCUGUGAAGGGUUUAGGAAUACAUAUGCAUAUAGCUUCUUUCUGUGGCAGACAAAGCAUUGUCUGGUUUUUUUUAAUGGAUUUCCUGUGCUGUUGGGUUUUUUUAAACAGUAGCAUUAGGACCGCCACCAGAAAAGCAUCUACCACAAAAUCCUGUUUCAUUUCAACAAGAAAUUUGUGAAACUUUACUUCAUUUUAACCUUUUUUCAUAGACAGUUUUACCUCUUCAUACCUGGUAGCAGACCCAGUUAACAAUAUCUAAGCAGAGUAGUGGCAUAAUUUAUAUCUCCUUUUUCUUGUGAAUACGAUUAUUAUUAUUAUACAGAGCACUAUUAAACUAAAAGACUUUUUAUUCACUGAAAAAA